AUGGUUUGUGGGGAUUGCGAGAAGAAACUGACAAAAAUCGUCGGAGUUGAUCCAUACCGGAACAAGAAGGUUAAUCGUAAUGCAGACGGCACUGGACCAAAAACAAUGACAACCAAAAAUCGUCUGAUCGGUGUUCAAAAAAAGGCCACAAUCGUCGGUGCCAAGUGUAAACUGUGCAAAAUGCUCAUUCAUCAGGCUGGAAGUCACUACUGCUCGACAUGCGCCUAUCAAAAAGGAAUUUGUGCAAUGUGCGGAAAGAAAAUCCAGAAUACCAAGGGACUCCGUCAAAGCAUUACAUAA